UAUGAAUAAAAGAUUGAUUGUUCAACUUUCAUUCUAAACUUGUUCAUUUAGAAUUGAAGACGAUCUUAAAACUUGAUAAAGACGAAAGGUUCAAGUCUUUCGACCUUCUUUUGUUUAAAGGCAAGACAUAGGAUCAUUGAUGGUAGAAGAUCCAUUACAUCUUCAACGGUUUGAAGAUAAAGAUCAUAUAAUUCGAACAAGGAUCCAACAGAUUUGUCUUUCCCACUUGUUUUUAAAUGCAACGUAGUCACUAAUUCAAUCACUGGAAAGAAUUCUAAUGGUGACGACUCUCGAGCAAACACAAUCAUAAGUUCAUAACUAGCUAGAUAUCCAUUGCGUUGAAGAACUGUCCCUUCCCUAAAUGUCUCAAUGAAUCUUCACCCCAUAAAUUCAAACUCUUACUAAUCAUCUCUCACUGUCCCAACUUAGGAAUCUCAACACAAACCGCAACUUAGUUCUUGAGAUCACUGCUGAAGUCAUCAUUCUCAUUAGAAGCUUAAUACCGUCAUUACUCAGUAGCUAACAGCUAAUCCAGCCGGCCAGGUUAUAUGUUGACCACAAUUCUGGCUGAUAAUUAUAUAUGGGGAUUAGGAUAAACACAUUCGAUUCUCUUUCUCCCGCGCACCACCUGUCUCAAUCCCCAACCAUAAACCAAACAGAACAAAUUAAACAUCCAGAAACAAGCCGUUUUGGAAUCCAACAAACACUGAGCCAACGACAAAGGAAAACGACACGUUGCAUGCUCUCUGGCCUCUCUCUAGUCUCUUCGUCCUUCACGUCAGGCGAUACCUACCGGCCAACUACCACAUAAUGCCACCGCGCUAGCGGUCCUAAAGUUCCCGGCGACGAUGGCUGGAAAAAUAUCUCUAACCACUCUCUCAAAUCUUCAUUAAAUUCGCAUUACCAUUAGUCAAUGACUGAUUUUUACUUAAUCUUGUACCUUAAUGACAUUAACUAGUGACCUGUCCCCUUCCACUUGCCCCCCUCUGCAAAACCACCCGUUGACUUUCACCCUACAGCCCACCGGAAAUUAGCAAAGGUUGAUUGAACGUAUUUUGUAGUUGAGGCACAAAAAUAUACAUUUAGAGUGUAAAUAGAGAGGGUAAGUGGACAAUGGACGAUCCGUUGUAAUUUUGGAUAAAAUAUCACUAUUGAAAUUAUUGAUGACAAUCUCGACAUGAUUAUUGAUUUGCUUUCUAUGAUCUGCUCGAUCUAUGUAAACAUAUAGCAGUCAAUCUAUAUACAAUAUACGGUAAAGUAUGCGACUUUUUCUAAUUUCAUUUUGUUAUCAAUCCAUAUCUUCUCAAUUCUCUCUAAUAUUUACUUCUAUGUUUUUAUAUUUUGCCGAUUUUCAAGUUCACUGGACUAUAACUCAUAAUUGUUUUUUGUUAAAAUAGCAACAUACAAUAUAAUUAUAUUAAAAUGUUCAUUUCCGGGGAAAAAACGUAACUAUUAGUCUAUUACUCUCAAAUAAUUUGACUUCACUGAUUAUACUAGGUUAAAAUAUCUGCUUGAGAUUGCCUGAAUUUUUUUGUGUCAAUCUCUAUCCACGUGCAACUCUCCCAUUGACCAGCACUUACUUAACCACGUGGGGCCCUCGAACAAGAUUAAUUAGCAUCCCUGGCUCUUUUAAAUCCAUUUGCUUUACCGCUUAAUCACGCUUGCUCUUUCUCACUUUCUCUCUCACAUCUCUCUGAAGCUUCAAAUGAGCCAUCAGCCAUGGACGACAGCCCACAGUCGGAUUAUUACGCAACCGCGACGGACCUCGCCGCUUCUCAGCCAUCUGGAACGACGCCAUCUUCUCCCACGUCAUCCAUCGUCACUCCGCUACUCAUCUCCUUCGCCGGCGUUACGCUGACGCUCCUCGUCCUGCUCGCCUACCACUUCCUGAUCGUCAAGUUCUGCCUCCGCCGGCAGGGCGCCGGCGGUUGCGGUAAAAAGGGAGUUGACGGACGUGUCCUAAACGCGAUCCCGAUCCUGAGCUACUCGAAGGAAGAUGAGAAAAAUAAUAACGUCGCUGCGACGGCAACGGCGUCAGAUGACUGCGUGAUUUGCAUAGUGGAAUUGGAGGAAGGCGCGACGGUGCGGUUCCUGCCGAGCUGCGGCCACGUGUUCCACGCUGCCUGCGUUGACCACUGGUUUUCCGCUCACUCCAGCUUCCCCACGUGUCGCGCCCCGGUAGUACUCCCGCCGCCGGCGCUGUCUGGUCGUCGUGAUGACGUCAUGAAACCUCGGGAUACUCGAAACACCGCCGCCGGAGGUUGUGAUAGCCAUUAGCCACACAACCGGGAUUGCAUAGAACGGUGUCGUUCUUUAGGGCAGCUGUUCUUCUUCAUUUGCUAGGUAUCUUGGAGACUAACUGAUCAGCUAGUCGUCGUUUUUAUCUUAUAGCUUGGUUUGAGUAUUUAACUAUUUAUAUAAUGCUUCUUUGAUCGACGGGGAAUAUGGUUAAAUAGGGGGCUUAGUCUAUCUAUAUAUGGGGAAAAGGUGUAUAGAACUAUAGUGUAUAUACAGAGGAGCAAUAUUUAAGAGUUAAGACAAUGUUUGACAUUUUUAUAAUACAUAUAACACGAUAUAUAUAUAUAUAUUUGACGUUUUACUUAUUUGAAAAAUAUUAAUUUUAGGAUACUAAUCAAGUAAAGGAAGAGGCAUAAAUGGCGUAGCUAUAAAGGAUUACACAAUGUGAGGGAUUGUAUUGAAAUUCGUAAGGACUUAAACUUGUAGUAGUCAAAGGUCACAAAGCCUGGUGGUAAGGGAGCCGAACUGUUGACCGAGAGGUCCUAGGUUUGAUCAUCAUCGAUGUCAUGGUGUUCUCGGAGGGACCCGCAUUUGUCCGGGCUGUUGACGGAGGUCUCGUGAUUUGCCCGAUUACAACAUCACCAAAGGUAGUGAUCGUGGAGGGUGUUCCCCGUCGUAAAAAAAAAAAAAUACUUGUAGUAGAGAAUGUAUUGAGGCUUAUCUACCUUUGUACAUGGUUAUUCUAAUCAACUUACAAAAAUAGAUUUGGAUUUAAUAUGAAUGGCUUAAAUCUAUGACUUUUAAAAAUUGGGUAUAUUCUGAGAAUUUUGUUUUCCUUUUGGAUAUGUGUUUUUGCAAUAAAACAUUCAACAAUAAGAAUCACAAUUCACAACAAAAAUCAAGGAAGCGAGUGAAGAAAUUAAACCCUCACAUGACUUUUCCUAUUUGUUUCUAUUAUUAUCAUCUCUCACUCGUCAACAAUUUGUUUUCACAUACUCCCAACCCCUAUUACAAAAUUUCUAUAGACAAACAAAAUAUCUUUCAAUUAUUGUCUCUCAAACUUCAAACCUGACAUUUAUAUGUAACUCGAUAAAACUCAUGAUUCUAUAUGAUCCAACCCGAUUUGAUUCAUUUACCAUCAUCAAAAUUAAUGGAAAAAAGUAACACCAAAGUGAAUCUCUAACUAGCUCGUUCAAACCAAAAAUCUUUCUCGACGAAAGAAAAUGGAUCGGACUUUUAAAGGGCUUUGUUAUUACAAUUUCAAGGUUUAACAAUGUACAUCGACAACCGGCCUCUCUUUAUAUUUUUAUUUUUAUUUUUGUUUGUUUAACCUUUUGCUAAAUGUCAAGGGUACCUAACAAUGAGGAGAGUUGCAUUAUUGCCCCGAUAGCUUCUUAAUUGUAACGUUUAGGAGACUAAGGAGUUGGACCACAUGAAUGUGUAUGUAGGUACAAGUCACCAAUCAAUUAUUUAGAGAUCUUUAUCGAAUAAUUGGAGAUUGAUUGGAUGAUAUGGAUGCUAAAACAUGAACAUUGGAUUAUGAUCUUCAUGCCAACCACCCACCAUUCGAAUUUUAUCCUCUUGCUUUGUAGCAUUUUCUUGUCAUGGUAGUCACUUAUAAGGAAGCAAAAUAAAAAGAGCCAAAGGUACGAUCCACUAGCGGUGCAGUACUACACAAUCUUUUUCAUAGAUAAAAUGCAAAAAAGAAGAAGAACCCAUUAAGUAAAAAAAAUUUGGCAACCGACAAUUACAAACAAACUCAAUCUCAAUUAAGCGGUAACAAAUUUGGUCCAUGAAUCUAAUUUAUAAUAUGGUAACUUGAAUUGGGUCUAUAAAUCUAACUUAUGAUCUGAUAAAUAGAAUUGGGUCCAUGAAUCUAACUUACAAUCUUAUAAUCUGAUAAUCAAGAAAGACAAAAUAGUAAAUAAAUGAAUCUAACUUACCUAUUUUGUAAUGACCACAUCAUUGAUAAGUGUAAGUAAAAUAGUAAAUUGGGUUAAGUAACAGAACUAUCUCAUCUACAUUACAUAUAGACAAAACAUAAACAAGAAAGACACAUAUGUUGUUUUAAGCAAGAUAGGACUCCUUCAUUUCUUUUGUUGGAUGUACAAAUGUCUACAUACAUACUCUAUUUAUUUUUUCUAGGUUUGAACUCUUCACAUUGGGUAAAUUAAGACCCGAAGCUACCUUGUUACCUAUUUGUAAUUGGACUAAUAGUACUUUUGUUUGGAAUUUGGUUAUAUUCUAGCUAGUAAUCUCUUUAUUAAUUACAGAAUAAUUGUAACUACUAAUCAUGGAAUAGGUUUCAAUUAAUAUUCCAAAGUAGAUCAUUAAACUAUAGUAUAUUAUUAAUCAUUGCUUAGUGCUUUUACCUACUUCAUUUCUCUUCCAAUGAACUUACCUACUACUACUUUCCCGCUCAAAUGAAUCAUAACGAAAGGGAUUAGGAUUUUAAUUAACUAUCACAUCCACGUCCCUCUCCACCUACUAAAUUGGCUAUUUAAUGUUUAUGUUAUACCUUUCGUUAAUUACUAGUUAUCUAUCGUUCACCAUAUGUAUUGUAUAGUCCAAAAUUAAAAAAUUUACAUGUAUUUUCACUUUUUGUAGUUGUUGUAUUCAUCAAAAGCUAAGAAAGCAAUAUGGUCUCAAAGUAACCGAAAUUAACCUCACAAUCAAAGGAGUGUUCAUUAUACAUUUCAAACAAGGAAUUUACCGACAAAAAGGAGGUGAAUUUUAAUAAUGAAUAUUCGAUAAAUUUAUAGUAGAUGAUCUUGUUAUUAGGCUAAGAUUUCCUUACUCUAAUGUACAUGAGUGCACACCCAUUCAUUUGGUAAAACAUUCGGGUUAUCAAUAUAGAUAAUGUAUGAAAUACAAUGUAAAAAAUGUGAAUCCAAUUUGGAUUUCAUUCAUUUUUCAUACAUAUAAUGAAGUCAUUAUAUGGAGAUAAUUGAGUUUGUUACUGAUGAUAGGAAUUCUUGUGGUAGUAGACAAACAGACAAUUGGAAACAUCACAUCUUGUGAGAAUAUUUCACAAUCAUUUUCACAUCUUGACAUGUCAAAGCGAUAGAGUUGUUUACUGAUAAUUGGAUAGCAGUCCUCUAAGUGCGCCAUUUAUAUUAGUUCGAUCGAAUUUGAUAACUACCCAUCAAAUAACACACUAGGGCCUAUCAUAGUGACAUGGAUCAAAUUAAAGGGCAAACACAUCGAUAUUCUUAUAAGCACAUGAGGGUUAAGUGGUAUUGGUUAGGUUACCAAAGACAUAGAAAUGUGUAUAGAUGAUACACACAUAUACUAUAUGAUUAAGUAAACAAUAAUAGUGAUU